AUCACAAAACAUCGUCGCGCGCAUCUCGGUAGCGCGAAUCUCUCUCUACUUUUCUGACGCGCCAUGCACUUUUUGACUUUUGUUUUUGACAGUUUGUUGACAGCAACAAAGUUCCAGUGAAAACAGUUGAUCGAAUGGAUAACAAUAGCGAGAUAGCACCGCUCUCGUACAGUGAGUCCAUUUCUGCUCUUACGACUGGAGUUGCAAAGGGUCACAAUGGAAAUGUACCCACAGAAGAAGUUUCCUUACUUCGACACUUGCAGAGAGGAAUAUCGGAAACGACGGAAGAAAACGCAGUAUUCACAAAGGAAGUCACAAGUUUCUUAUCAAAAUUGAAUCUCGAGAUUAAGGUAUUACCCAAUGACAUAAAAGAGGGCCUGGAAAAAGUGUCUUUCAUCCUGAAAAACGAGAAACUGCUUGAAUUUGAUGAAACAGCAUUACGUGUAGCCAAGGAGCAAAAGAUUAUAAAGGAGAAGAGGCAACAGAGGGAAGAGAAGCAGAUGUCAUUGAUAUACGAUAAGCUACUUAAAAAUUCCACUAAACUGCAAACAAAGCUCGACCAUCUGCAUAGCGCAGUUGAUACCCUCAAAGACACGAUUGAUGAGACAGAGAAGGAUAGGGACAGUCUGUACUGCAACAAGGUGUUCUUAUCUACAAAGCUGAAAGAGUAUGAGCAAGCUGUGGAGAAAUUAGAAGCAGAUCUGAGUGGCAUGCAGGUUGACGAGCAGUAUCCUGAGAAAAUACUAGAUAAAUAUAACCUUUACUUGGAAAGGAAAAGUAAAUUGGCAAAUCUCAACCAAUCUCUCGCUCAGUACGGUGAACUACCACCUAAUUUGUUUCAAGCCGAGUUACUAGUGGAAAGCAAAAAAAAAGAAUAUGAGAAUUUAGAACAGCUGUUUCUAGAAGAGACACACUGAAUUUUAUUUUCAAAGUUUUUAAUUCGAUAUCAUAUGCGAGUUGUAUAUCUUCCUCAUGGACAAUCGAUUUUUAUUACAUUAAAACUAAAGUCAAAGAAAUAUUGUUAAUAAACUGUAUAUU